AUGAUUGUCUCCGCGGGAUCAACUUUGAAGCUCAAGUCUCUCUUUUGGUUGCUCGUACACUUGUGUGUAGCUGUCACCGCUAACGACGAUGCUAGCACUAAUGGCAUGAACACGACAGAUGCAGCUUCUGAUGCUCCUGCUGAUGCUCCUGUCACUGCUGACUCUGACGAUGAUCGUUGUCCUGCCUUUCGCUGGUUGGACACGGACCACCCCAAGACGCCUAUUUACGGUGCUCCUGACGGUUGUCGCUGUUACGAAGGCCUCAGUGAGAUUGACUGUGGUUACUGCGAAAGCGACGCGGCUUGUCAGAUGGAAGAUCCUGGACUCUUUUGCCGCUCAGGCUUUCGCUAUGCUGAAAAGGAUACACAAAAGGCAUUCAAGUGCACUCUGACCAACGAGUACGAGGAACUGUUUCCCAAUGGCAAGGCUUCCUUCUUCCUGGACUUGACUGCUGGAUUGGCCAAGAUUAGUGUCUUCAACACCCGCAAUGUGGAUUCUUUCCAUCUCAUGGAUUGUCAACUCUCGGGUUGCAAUUUCAACACGAAAGGAGGCAUGGGAGGAGAUUGUGAUUUGGCCGAGUGCGAAUGCACCGAAUCGAACCAAUGCCCCGAUUGGUUUCUCGAUUUGGUAGAUUCCCUCUCUGGACAAGAGGCAACGAUUGAAGUGCAAGAAUACCCAUCCACGGAAGAAGGAGUACAGGGUUUCCCGUCGAAGCAGGUAUCCAUCAUUGUGGGAGAUCAAAUCAUUGAGACCAUUUGCACGGCCAGUGCUUGUGCCACCACCGACCCAGCCAGCAUUGACUGGGCAGCAUACUCGUAUGAACAAGCCCCUGUACCCCUGGCAUCUUCCCAUGCUCCAAGAACCUUGACAAUGCCAAUCAUCAUGCCUGUGACCCAACAUGAAUUCGUGGCCUUGUUCUUGGGUUUGACUGCUUGGAGGAUGAUGUACUAG